AUGAAAAUGAAGAUUGAAGGCAGUCUCCAACUCAUUAUCGGCCCCAUGUUCAGUGGUAAGAGCACGGAGCUUAUCCGCCGCAUCCACCGUUACCAGCACGCCAAGCUUGAUUGUCUCGUGGUCAAAUACCUCUUCGACACGCGCCACUCAGAGGAAAUGCUGUCGACUCACGACAAAGUGUUCGUGGAGGCAAUGCCCGUGCAGGCUCUGGCGGAGGUUCGUCCGUUUCUAAAAGAGUACGACGUGAUUGGCAUCGAUGAGGGACAAUUCUACCCGGAUCUGGUCGAGUUCUGCCAGGAGGCAGCUAACCUGGGCAAGGUGGUGGUUGUAGCCGCACUAGAUGCGACUUUCGAGCGAAAAGCUUUCGACAACGUUAUUGAGCUGAUCCCCACGGCGGAGAAGGUCAUCAAACUCAACGCAAUCUGCUCCUCUUGCGGCCAAGAUGCAGCGUUCACAAGACGCCUUGUGGCCGACAAAACGUUAGAGGUGCGAACUGCUACAACCACAUCAACUACAUUCCUGUGA